AGCUACCGCACCCAAACACAAUAUAUUGUAAGGCCUGGUGUUGGUAGUGGGUAUUGGCGUCUGAGCGGUGGGAGCUGGGCCAUCGGGGCAGCGGACACCAUUUUCAUAGCUGGGAUCGCGGCCAAAGGGGGCGAGGACAGCAGUGCAUAGCUGGUGCGGUGGCCAUUGCGGGGACCGGGUCAGCAGGGUUUAUAACUGGGACAGCACUUCGAGGCUGGGACAGCAGGGAGGGUUUAGAGUUUUAGUUUGGUAUGUCUGGAACGGAGGAGGACGCAACUCUGAGCGCGAGGUUGGAUAAGGCGCUACGAGCUAUAGAGGAGGCCAAGGCUGAGACGAAUGAGGCCAAAGCUGAGGCGGAGGAGCUUAGGGCAGCACAGCGGCGGUCUGCGGGUGCACCUGCCGGCAGCAGCUCAGGAGGCGACGGUCUAGUUGCUCCUGGAGGGGCUUCAUCUGCACCGGUGAGGCCAAUGUGGCCAGGCGGGGUGAGUCAUGAUGGCGGUACUGGGGUGCCGGGCUUGCCUCUGGGAGGUACAAUUGUCAGAACUCCUGUGCCUAGAAUCCCGCCUAAUUGCACCGCCGACACUUUUCUCAGUUGGCGGAGACGCUUUCUGGCCUACGUGGACAACCACAAUCUCCAGCACACAAUCUUCGGCAGUGCUGAGGUUCCCGUUGUCAGUUGUCAGGAUGAAGGAUACUUGACACGCCAGUAUGGUGCACAGCUGGUUGUUGAGCACAAGAGGACAUGGAGUUUUAUCUUGGAGGCAGCGGUGGGGGCCCCAUUUGAGAACAACCUGUACUCUUGCCAUUCCGUGGCAGAGGCGUGGAGGAUGAUGGAGGAUUGGUAUUUGCCGAACCACCCAGCUGAUUGUCAGCUCCUCGUCGCCGAGCUAGAUAAUAUAACCAUGAGUGAUGAUGAGGACCCCAAGCUUUUCUUCUCGCGCGUCGCACAACUGGAGACCAAGUUACGGGCUGUGGGCAUUGCUAAGAGUGACCAGGAAGUUGUGCAGAUCCUUGUGCGCCAACUCCCCGCACGCUACGAUGUCGAGAAGCGCACUAGUCUUUCCAAGCGUGAUUUAACCCGCGCUGAGUUGCAGGACGUCGUGCGUGGUCGAUAUGCCACGCUCAAGGCCAGCGAGAUGAGGGAGCGAGGGUCGGUAGCUUCGACGCCGGCGGUUUUUGUCAACCCCCAUGCUCUUGUUGUGGGCCGUGGUUUUGGACACGGCGGCAACGGGGGGAGCGGGGGGGGCGGAGGCCAACGGCGGAAUGGCAACAACUGCGACGGCCGCGGGCAACACUGGUCCUCUGGGGGCGGUGUUGUCCAACAGCAACAGCCGCAGUUGCAGGUGCAGCAAUACCGGCAGCCGCAACAGCCGCAGCGACACAUGCAACAGCCGAACCAACAGCCGCAGCGGCAGGUGCAACAGUCGUACCCACAGCCGCAGCAGCAGAUGCGACAGCAGCAGCCGUAUCAACAGCAGUCGCAGAUGCAGCCGUACCGGCAGUCGCAGCAGCAGCCGCAGCAGCAGCGGCAGCUGCAACAGCCCGCUUUGAACGGUGUUGGUGGCGUCUACGAUUGCGGUAGUAAUGCCGUGAGUCAUCAGCCGGAAUCACUUCCUCCACCUGGCACGCCGAUGGGCACAGUGCACAGAUGCGGCCGCUGUGGAAGGCACGGUCACCACGCCAUAGAUUGCGCCGCCCCCCGCAGGUUCGAGGGCACGUGCGGUGCAUGCGGCCAGUACGGUCACAUGUGGCGCAACUGUGCCAAGAGCAACCGGCACCCCCACCUCAACGUCGUCACUUCUGCUGGUGCCCUCGGUCCGGAGUACGCGUACACCGCCGCGGAUACAUCGGCCGUCCAAUUUCGUGAUGUCCCGGCGGCCGAUGGCGUAUACUACAGUGACACCAUGCUGGCCGGCGCUGGUGGCGGCGGCAACGGUGGUGGUGGUGCUGGCGGUGGUGGCAGCGGCGGUGACAAUGGCGGUGGUGGCGGUGGAGCGAUCGUACAGCAGCAGGUAGUGACACCGGGCGAGCCCUACUUUGGUUUUGUCGACAUUUUCCACGGCAGCGGUGGCGUGGAAGGUGAAAAUGGCGGCGGCAGCGGUGGUAGUGACGCGGCGGGAGCGGGCCCUGAGGCGCUUGGCAACGGCGAGGGUACCUUCGGUGGCGGUCUCUUCGCGAUGCACCUUGUCUGUUCCGUUACCUCAUCCCCCCCCGUGCGCGAACCAUCCGACCUUUUCCCACAUCGCCCGGGUUCGACGGUCUUCCUUGGAGACACCGGCGCCGUGGUCCACGUGGUCCCUUCUGGGGAAAAGGUGUACAACAGGCGCCCGCCGCUCCCGGAGGAGCGACUGCUCAUGCUUGGCGACGGUAAGCACAUCCCGGUAGAGUUUUUCGGUGACUUGGAUGUGAUCUUCCACUGCCCUGAGGACGUGCGCGUCACCCUGCAGAAUGUUGGUGUGGUACCGGGUUUGGCGCUAGAUAUUCUGUCGCUGAACAAGAUCCAGGAUCGCCAUGAGAUCAAGCUCAACCGGCAUGGUGCAUCGAUCUUGGGGGGGCGAGUGCGCAUGACAAAAUUCCCUCACGGGAAUUACAUCCAGGGGACUCGCGUUGAUCCACUGCCUCAACGCGACUCACCUCCUCAGCCCCCCGCGAUGGUUGCGGCGAUGCUACGGCCUGGCACGCAAUCCAGCAUCGACUACAACGCUCUUCACUGCUCCCGCGGUCAUGCCAAUCCCAAGACGCUGUACGAGACUGCCAAGCAGAUGGGUAUCAAGGCGACCGGCAUUCCGGAGUACUGCGAUGGAUGUGCGGAGUCGAAGGCGAUUCAGCGCUCGGUCCCCAAGGUCAUCUCCCCCUCCCGCCGGACGACGCGGCCUCUUGAGCGUGUCGCGAUGGACCUAGCCGGUCCGUUCGGCCAAUCCAGCGGCGGUGCCAAGUACGUGAUGCAGAUCCUGGACCACCAUACCAACUACGGAUGGAUUUGCUUUCUGCGGGAGAAGAGCAGUACAAACGUGGUUGCGGCCUUUCGUGCGUGGUAUGCCUCCAUCAAAUCGCUCUUGGCUACUCACGGGGGGCUGGGCUGUGUUCUGACCGACAACGGCACGGAGUGGGUCAACGCGGAGUUUCGGGGGUUGCUGGCGGAGCUGAACAUUAUGCGGGAGCUCACGGCGGUCGACGGGCCCAAGAGCAACUGUCGCGUGGAGCGGAGGAUUGCACUAGUGAUGGUGGGGGGCAAGGCUGCGUUUCUGGACUUCCCGAAGCUUUUCCCAGGAGUAACGUUCCGGACCAAGGCACUGUCCUUCCGGGCCAUCUGGCCCGAGGCCUUCGCGUGGAUGAAUGACACUCUGAACAUCGCAGCGGAGGUGAGCAAGGAAGGCAAGCGGUGCCCGGAAGUUAAGCUGUACGGCAGGAGGAGGAUCCGAGUGCUUCUGCCGUUCAUGAUGCCCGGCUUCCGUCACCGUCACCGACCGUCCAAGAUGCACAGCAAGGGGGAGCGGUGCUUCUAUCUGAACUCAGGCGGAUCAUUCCUCGACGACGCACAAGAUCAUCACGCCGGCUGGGGUGCCCACCUACUCCGAACACUGCACCUUCGGCUUCAGCAGCCAGGGCUUUCGAGGAGAUGGGCGUUCUUGGGGGUCGGAAGGGGGGAUGGCCGGAGGCCCCGCGGUGGCGGCCGGAGCGGCAGCAUCGGCGGCAGCUCCAGCGGCGACNUCCGCGGCGGUUAUCGACGAAUACAAACAUCUCGAGUCCCCUAA